UUGGACAAAAUAAAUAUAAUUUCUAACCUGCAAGAUAUUGUAAUCAAUACCUAACAGAGAUGGAGGAGGUGUAAACGAGAAAAAACGUUCACCGGAAAUAAAAAUUCAUGAUCCAUAGUCACUUCCGUGUAGAUUGUAAAAGUUAGCUUGUGCACGGACCUUGAAACUCGAUGGUUGAUUACCCUUAUCCUGUGUACAUGGAAAUCCCUUCAAGAUUGGAUAAUCAGAAUUUGUAUCCCUUGACUUCAUCACAUGUGUCAGAAGCGGACUCAAUUGCAUCAGUAACGCGUAACGGUGGAGAUCCCUAAUGAUUGUUGUUCAAGUGAUGGAUGGGCAGUUGCUGUAUUUGUGGCCUUGGAGGAAAUUGAUGAAGGCUUUCUGGCCAGAGAAAACCCAGCUUGACAAUACCAAACCAGAUUUGGGAGAAAAUCACUUUUUUGGUUCAGAAAUACUAUCAACAUUAAUAUUAUUAUUGGUUUUAAUUUGUGUACUGUAUUUUCCGAUAAACACUCGUACCAGACACAUGCGUCUGCGUUGGAACUUGGAUACUUCAGAGCAUGAAGAUGACAAAUCCUUAUCUCUCUUCUCAAGUUCAGGAGCAAACAAUGAACUGUAUCUGUUCACAAUGGUAGUGAGUGGUGAUUUUAUUUACAUUCGAAGACACCUAAGAUGGGAUCAGAAGUCCAUGCGCGAAUCCUUUAGCAGGCAUCGGAAGCCAGAGUUUAGGGAAAACUGUUUGUUGCGUUUCGAAGUGGAAGUGGAGGGUUGCAAGAUAAAGAAGUGUGGUUGGCCUGUGUUGCACAAGGAAGAUUAUCUUGAAGACUUAGAGGUGAGCAACAGUGAAAAUUAUGCGGCACUUUCAAAUUCCAAGCAUUUCAGUGGUAUGCGCAAAUCAAGAUUGGAUAAAUUGAUAGAAGAGAUUGAUGCUUUUGAUAUGCAGAAUAUAGAAAAAUCAAAUGAAAACUUGUCUUUGGUAAGUCGGUUUCUAAUUCUCAACGUAUAAAGUUUUCAUGGUAUUCUUUAUACUACAUAAUUCUAUUAUAAUCUUAUAUUUAGUUUUUUUUUUUUUUGUGACACAUCACCUUUUAUGACUUUUCAACAGAUAAUGAUGUCUUUUUCUUUAGUAAAUUUGAAAGUGUGAUACUCAUAAGAGUAUGUUAUACAUAGCAUUUUACUUUAAAACAGUCGAGUUAACGCUGCCUAUCGAUAAAAGAAUUAAGCUUAAUAUCGUAAAGAAGA